GCCCGGCCCGGAGCUGCUGUGCCCAGGAGCGCCUGACUGCCGGCCCCGCAUCAGCAGCGUCUCGGCAGCAUCCUGGGAAUCGCAGGCGAUCACAUGAGCCUGGAUUUCCAGCUCUGUUCAUUAGUCAGCCAUUUUGGUCGCCACCCUGCUCCCUGCGCACAGCCAAUCCCGGCGGCACUCGCUGCCGGGCUGCGCCGGGAGACGGGAGCAGCGCUCGCCGCUCGGCCACCGGGACACUGCCUCUCCGCUCGUCCUUUGUUUUUUUUCUGGGGUCAUCACCAGAGGAAGACACUGUUCUUUGAUUCUGCUGCCUCUUUAUUUUUUCCUUUUUAUUUUUUACUUGUUUUUCCCUGCUGCCGCUGGUGGAGAAGCCAGGUUUUUGUGGAUGCUAAGGAUCAAUAGCCUCUAGCAAUAGCUGGAGACGACGGCAGUCGGUGGAAAGGAGGGAGGCAGAGCUAAGCGGGAAGGAGCAGCGUUUUUACCUUGCUUGAUCUAUGAAAAGGCCAGAGCAGCCUCUGUGAUCCUGAGCAAUCUGUCCUUUAAUCGCAAGGUAUUUCUGAUUUUCUUCUUCAGAAAGCUUUUGUUUUUAGUCCUUAUUUUGCCCCCGUUGUUGUUGUACCAGCUGAGUCAUCAUGUCUGCUCUGACGCCUCAAAGCGACAUGCCAACCCCCACCACAGACAAGAUCACUCAGGCUGCCAUGGAGACCAUCUAUCUUUGCAAAUUCCGCGUGUCCAUGGAUGGAGAGUGGCUGUGCUUGCGCGAGCUGGAUGACAUCUCGCUGACACCCGACCCCGAGCCUACCCACGAAGACUCUUGGGAGGAUUUGACAGAUGUGGUGGAGCAAUUGCGCGAUGAUUCCGAAGACCCCAAUUAUCUCAUGGCCAACGAGCGCAUGAACCUGAUGAACAUGGCCAAGCUGAGCAUCAAGGGGCUGAUCGAGUCCGCACUGAACCUGGGCCGCACGCUGGACUCGGACUACGCCCCCCUGCAGCAGUUCUUCGUGGUCAUGGAGCACUGCCUCAAGCACGGCCUCAAAGCCAAAAAGACUUUUCUUGGGCAAAAUAAGUCAUUUUGGGGACCUCUAGAAUUAGUAGAAAAACUUGUUCCUGAGGCUGCAGAGAUUACAGCAAGUGUUAAGGAUCUUCCAGGGCUCAAGACACCUGUGGGCAGAGGAAGAGCUUGGCUUCGCCUGGCUCUGAUGCAGAAGAAACUUUCAGAGUACAUGAAAGCCUUGAUUAACAGAAAGGAUCUUCUCAGUGAAUUUUAUGAGCCCAAUGCACUGAUGAUGGAGGAGGAAGGUGCCAUCAUUGCUGGCCUCCUUGUAGGGCUGAAUGUCAUCGAUGCCAACUUCUGCAUGAAGGGAGAGGACCUGGACUCCCAGGUCGGAGUUAUUGAUUUCUCCAUGUAUUUGAAAGAUGGGAACAGCACGAAAGGCAGCGAAGGAGAUGGCCAGAUAACUGCUAUUUUGGACCAGAAGAACUAUGUUGAAGAGCUCAACAGACAUCUAAGUGCUACAGUAAACAACCUGCAGGCCAAGGUGGAUGCCUUGGAGAAAUCCAACACAAAGCUGACAGAGGAGCUUGCAGUUGCCAACAACAGGAUCAUUACACUGCAGGAAGAGAUGGAGCGGGUUAAGGAGGAAAGCUCCUACAUCCUGGAGUCCAGCCGGAAGGCCACCAAGGACAGAAGUGCUGACGGGCAGGCACUGACUGAGGCGCGGAAGCAGCUCAAGGAGGAGACUCAGCUGCGCCUGGAUGUAGAGAAGGAGCUGGAGGCACAGAUCGGGAUGCGGCAGGAGAUGGAGCUGGCCAUGAAGAUGCUGGAGAAGGAUGUCUGUGAAAAGCAGGAUGCGCUGGUGGCACUCAGGCAGCAGCUGGACGAUCUCAGGGCUCUAAAGCAUGAACUGUCUUUCAAGCUGCAGAGUUCAGACAUGGGAGUGAAACAGAAGAGUGAAUUAAACAGCCGCUUGGAAGAAAAAACAAAUCAGAUGGCUGCCACCAUCAAACAGCUGGAACAAAGUGAAAAGGAUUUGGUGAAACAGGCAAAAACCUUAAAUAGUGCAGCAAACAAACUGAUCCAGAAGCAUCAUUAGACAUUUUUAUGUCUGGCCACCUCACAGCUCUGACAUCAGAACUCAUUUAUAAGGAGAGAACUUGAGAAUUGCUAAAAGCAACUGUUCAAAUGUUAAUUGUCACCCAAAGUUGAUUUGGAAUUUGCUGAGUUUUUAAAAUCAGUGAGUUUUUCUGCCAAGAUGUAGUCAGGUAUAAGGAUCCCCAGCCCUGCCAUUUACCAGUACCAAGGAGCUGGCCUGAGAGCGCCCCAGGAGUGGCUGAGGUGGCCGUGCCCGGCCGCUGCCAUCACCGCCUGUGGCAGCACGGGGCCGUGGCCAGCUCGGGACAGUCAGCUCCUUCUCUGUAUUGCCCUUUUGUGAAGUAGAUGAGAAAUGCAUCCCUGGAAGUUGUUGACAGUAGUUGUGUGCGUGCCCCAAGCCAUUCCCUGUUCUCUUCUGUUUUGUGGGUCCAGCCCCGAGUCCGAGCCGAGCAGGCGCGACGCUGGCCCGGCACCGGGAACACCGGCCCUCCCGUAACCAGCCUGCCUGGAUUCUGCCUUAGGGACCUGGGGGGAGGGUGGGGACUUAUCCUUAUUCCUUUCAACUUCAUGUGUCCAGAAUUAGUAGCUAUAGGUGUCUUAGAGUAACAUGAUAGAGUGGUAAGUUCAGUGGAAACCUCCUUCUCUUUGCAUUGCUUCUACCUCUGCCAGGAAUCCCUCCAGAAGAACCCUGUGGUCCUUCCUGACCAAAGGAAGUGGAGGAGAGGUGUUUUGGGAGGUCUCUCCCCUUCCCAGAAAGGGAAGUUACCAGUUUUCUAAAAAAUAAUCUGAUCUUUGUUUAAAGGAAGCAAAAAGACCUUCAAAAAAAGGAGAAGGAACCCAGUGUGCAGCAGUGGGGAGUGGAGAUGGAAAUUUGGUCCUUGCAGUUUACUUGUCCAAGUAGUUGGUGGCUGAAGAGUUGCCUUUUACACUUGUUGCAUUUUCUUGUGAGUUUGCUUUGCUCAAAACAAAUGGAAUUUGCUAAUGGAACAAGAGCUAAAGCUUAGAAAUGCCUCUUAAUAGGAAAAAUAAUUGUCAGUUUAAAACCCAGGUGCAAAAUCUGAAGUAACUGUAGCCUGAACUAUUAUAAACUAACAUUCUCUGAUCACUGAAGUUCCUGUGCUGGCCUCUGGCAGGUUUUAGGUUUGUAAGUGCUCCUCAAGGUAUUUUCUCUUUUGGAAGGUUGGAUUUGGGGAGUUUCUGUGUCGAGUAAGGGUUUUUUGCUGUGGUGAGAUGCCUGUAGUGGUUCUUUGGUGCCAGUCCUCCCUUUGACCUGUGGGACAGUGCUCCUGGGGGCUGUGGCUGGCAAAUGUGACAAGCCCUUGUUCUCCAGGCUCCCAGCACAGCCCUGCUGGGAACUUCCCUGCUAUGCCCAAGCUGCAUGCUUGAACCUAUAAACUCACCCCUCAGUAACCUGCUACUAGAAACUCAUCCUAACUCCCUGCAGAACGAGUAAUCCUAAGGGAAAGGUGGAAGCUUUGAUCAAGGAGUGUCAACAGCUGGUUAGGGUGGGAAGCCCCUGCCCCUUGGCACAGUUCUGCUGUAGGAACAGGGGGUUGGAUGGUGAGAUCUGUGCUGCAGUCAGACAGAUUUAAGGAUCUGGCUGCUUCUGAUGUCAGGCCCCAAGUGGCAAUGUGGUGGUGUACUGAUGCUUGGGGCUUGAGCCCAAGUGUCCAUCCAUGGGCGAGACCAGGAAUAUGCACUAAUUCUCAAUAGAGUAGCUACUACCUAUGUUCCAAGUUCCAGUUACCUGUGCAAAGCCAAAAUGUAACGUACACUAAACUCCAAUUGGACUUAAAAUUCUGUGUACUUGAGGUUUGCUUCGAAUCUGGAUAAAAGUGAUGUUUUCUGUUUCUCAUCUAAUGGCUGUAAACUGUAGUGAUAGAAUAAAAACUAUUUGAAAAUGAGA